AGGACUGGGAGCGCAGGCGGAGGAGCGACAGUCAGGAGCAGCAGCAGCAGCAGCAGCAGAAACGCCUCCGAACAUCGCAGCUCAUCUUUUGCGCUUAAGAUUCAAAUAAACAUAUAGAUAAUCCGCGGAUUUUGCAGGAAACCCAGUGUGUAAGUGCGUUUUCUGAGGAAAACCGGCCUCAUCUUGACUGAGUGUCCGCCAGCAUUUCGGAAAUAAACCAGGAGUUGUUACACUCCCCGAGCUUAAGGCUUGCAUCGUGGCUCUUUCAGAAGUGGCAUGUUCGAGGGAUACUGCGGACACAGUUGAACUCCUGCUUUCACCCAAAGAGGAUUCAAUGAAAAUGUCCGUGUGCGUCCAUGAGAACAGAAAAUCAAGAGCCAGCACUGGCUCUAUGAACAUCUACUUGUUUCACAAGUCCUCCUAUGCCGACAGUGUCCUCAUGCACCUCAACUCACUGCGGCAGCAACGGCUUUUCACAGAUGUCCUGCUUCAUGCCGGUAGCCGCUCCUUCCCCUGCCAUCGCGCCGUGCUGGCUGCCUGCAGCCGCUACUUUGAGGCCAUGUUCAGCGGUGGGCUGAGGGAGAGCCAGGCCAGCGAGGUUGAUUUCCGUGACUCCAUCCAUCCAGAAGUUUUAGAACUCCUGCUGGAUUAUGCGUAUUCGUCACGUGUGGUCAUCAAUGAGGAGAAUGCAGAGUCACUAUUAGAAGCUGGGGACAUGCUAGAGUUUCAGGACAUCCGUGAUGCUUGUGCUGAAUUCCUAGAGAGAAACCUUCACCCAUCCAACUGCCUUGGCAUGCUGUUACUGUCUGACGCCCACCAGUGCACCAAGCUGUCAGAGCUCUCCUGGGGCAUGUGCCUCAGCAACUUCCCUGCUAUUUGCAAGACGGAGGACUUCCUCCAACUGCCCAAAGAUAUGGUGGUGCAGCUUUUGUCCCAUGAGGAGCUAGAGACUGAAGAUGAGAGACUGGUUUAUGAAGCUGCCCUCAACUGGAUCAACUAUGACCUGGAAAAGAGGCACUGUCACCUUCCGGAGCUCCUUAGAACGGUCCGUCUGGCCCUUCUACCUGCCAUCUUUCUCAUGGAAAAUGUUUCUACAGAAGAGCUGAUCAACGCCCAGGCCAAGAGCAAGGAGCUGGUGGACGAAGCUAUCCGUUGUAAGCUGAAGAUCCUACAGAAUGAUGGUGUCGUUAACAGCCCAUGUGCUCGUCCAAGAAAAACCAGCCAUGCCCUCUUUCUUCUGGGCGGGCAAACUUUCAUGUGUGAUAAAUUGUACCUGGUGGACCAGAAAGCCAAAGAGAUCAUCCCCAAGGCUGACAUUCCCAGCCCCAGGAAGGAGUUCAGCGCCUGUGCCAUCGGCUGUAAGGUGUACAUCACUGGCGGGAGAGGCUCAGAAAAUGGCGUGUCCAAAGAUGUUUGGGUCUAUGACACCGUCCACGAGGAAUGGUCGAAGGCAGCACCCAUGCUUAUUGCCAGGUUUGGCCAUGGCUCUGCAGAGCUGAAACACUGCCUCUACGUGGUAGGAGGUCACACCGCAGCAACUGGCUGCCUUCCGGCCUCUCCAUCUGUGUCACUCAAACAGGUGGAGCAGUUUGACCCCGUGGCAAACAAGUGGACCAUGGUGGCUCCUUUGAGAGAGGGUGUGAGCAAUGCAGCAGUGGUUAGUGUCAAACUCAAGCUCUUUGCCUUUGGAGGAACCAGCGUCACCCAUGAUAAACUGCCCAAGGUGCAGUGCUACGAUCCGCAAGAGAAUCGAUGGACUGUGCCGGCAUCCUGCCCACAGCCGUGGCGCUACACAGCGGCUGCCGUGCUGGGAAACCAGAUAUUUGUCAUGGGCGGAGAUACAGAGUUCUCAGCAUGCUCAGCUUAUAAGUUCAGCAGUGAAAGCUACCAGUGGACUAAAGUGGGCGAUGUGACGGCCAAGCGAAUGAGCUGCCAGGCCGUGGCGUCUGGGAACAAAUUGUAUGUGGUGGGUGGGUACUUUGGCACACAGCGUUGUAAAACUCUGGACUGUUAUGACCCCACAUUGGAUGCUUGGAACAGCAUCACUACUGUGCCGUACUCACUCAUUCCGACUGCUUUCGUCAGCACCUGGAAACAUCUGCCUGCUUGAGCCCCAAACCCUCCAGCUACACCUUUUUCCUGAGAUAUCCCCGUUUUGCAUCAUCUACUGGACUCCAACUGUGAAGAAGCACACAUCAUCUUCCUCUAAAAAGAGACACUGAGCAGUGAUGUACAGGCACCCGCAUUCAUCUUGAUGUCGCAAAGAUGCAGAACCAGAAGCACGAACAGCUGGACACUUUACUGGAAUGAUGUCAUCUCUCGCUUCUGAGAAGGAAGCCGAGACAUGCAGUGCAGUCGCUCACGCAAACAAACCAAACAAACUGCUGCUUGUUGUUUGAGUCAUAAACUCCAACCUUGUGUGCAUCUGGCAUGCCUGACUCGUGUUUUCAUGCUGCCACAUGAGGACUGCAAAACAUAUCACACAACCUGCAUUUUUUCCCCCAUUUAUUCAUGACAGGCUUGUGAGAAUCUGCAUUGAUGUCUUUUUAUCUACGAUAAAAAAGAAGAAAAAAUACUCUUUUCAUGGAGAUUGCAAUGUAUAGCAUGGUGGAUGUUCUAUUUAGACUGAGGGAGGGAGAAUGCAAUGAUUGGUGUGCUCAAGAACGGAACGCAACUCAUUUUGAUUGAGUACAGCUGAUUUAUAAAGGGCACAAUGAAGGAGCAAAUCUCCCUCUUCUCUCCUUUAAUAAGCUCUUUUGUUUGUCCCCCUUUAUCUUUUUGUUGUCCUCUUUCAAAGACGUGCUUCGAACAGCUCUGACACAGAAACAAACCUUUGAGUGUUCCUCUUAUGAAGGCUUUGGCAGUUUGCUGUCACUGUGAGCCACGAGGUGUUGAUGACCAACACCAGCUGAGGUUGAGGAGGAUGGAGGGGAUAUGCGCAUGGCCAGUGGGGGAGGGGGGUUGGGGGCGUUCGGUGGGGUUGAGGUGCCUCGCGGUCACGACCUUACGUGUUUGCUGGUUUGCAGCUACGCAUUAACCCCCGCUGAGGGUCGGUUAUCUAACACGCUGUACACAGGGACAGUAUUCAGUGUUUGGAUUCAACACUGUCACAUUCAGCUGUACACUUAAUGCUGUAAAAGACCGGCUGUGCUUCUGUUGUUCUGAUAAAAGCAGCAACCCGCUUGCUGAGUCAUAGCUGAACCCUUUUUAGAGCAUGUCCACUCAUAGUGAUUCAGUAAAACUGGCAUGAACUCUUCUCUGUGGUCACAGCAAUCUUGUCACCUUAACCUAAACUGAGAAAUUAAUCAGUUUCUUGUUAAACUUGCUGCAAUGUAGUCUUAAUUUAUAUGACAAUGAUUACUGUGUUAUGUUAAUAUGUUUAAUCCUAUUUAUUUCUUCUCUGCCUGCAUUCUUAUGUGAAUGUAUGUUUGGGUUAUGUCAUGCAUGGCCAGGUGUUGUGUUUUAUUUGAUCUCAGUUGGGCUGCAUUUUGCACAGUUCAGACUUUCCCAGGAGGAGUUGGUUCUUUUAAAAAGAGCGGGAGGUACACGUCUCCCAGGGUUUCAUUUAUGUCCGAGUAUGGAUGGAAGAGGAAGAGCAGAUCGGAUUACUGAUGUUGUGACGCAGCUUUGGCUACAAGGUCACUGCCCAAAGAAGAAGACAGAAUGGGGCUGAAAGAAGUAUUCAUUUGACUUGUGAUAGAUUCUCUUUAGGCUCUAACCUGGGUCUAAACCUGUCUUAAAUCUUCCUGUCAGAGCCCAAACAAUACAACAAAACAAGCUGAUAUAAACUACAAAACAGAUUGGCCCAGUAACUAUCAGGGACGUCACUGAGCAACCCUGACACGGUGAAGAAUGUGACUGUCUUUGCAGCUGUCCUUGGGACAGCUGGAGGACCGUCACAUGUGCUAACUUUGCUCCUCGGGGUGUUGACCCACAGUCUUCUUCUUCUUUAGGUGAAGAGAGAGUCAUAUCCAGUAAGCUGUGCGCUGAUAAGGGCAGACACCGCAGUGCUUUUCACCAUAGUGUCAAUGAUGCACAUAAAGAAAAGAAAAGAAAAGAAACAAGCAAGUUCCAAAAGACUAAAAAGAGAGAAUGUCUUAAACACUUGCAUAUGAAAUACUUGGUAACUCUAAUCUGUGUUUUUGUCUAUAUGUCUGUCUAGGUGACCUGAACAUUGACGUUUUGCAAUUGAAUAUUAAUGGAAUCAUUGAAUUUCAUUGUAAGAGGUAAUGUUUUGGUGAUGUAUGUACAUAUUUUUAUUUUCUCAAAUCUCCUUCCUCGUGGAUUCAUGAUUCAAAUGAAAUCAGUGGGGUAAAAUUGGUAAACUACUUGGCAAACUUCUGCCCCCCCCCCCCAAAGUCCAUCCUCUUAUUGGCUGUUUGAAGACUUCUAUGGGGACCCUUGUGGAUCCGUAAUGUUGACCCCCCCUGACCACUGAGUACUGAGCUUCUGGCCCCACCAAUCAGAUAAGAGUCCUUUCUUUCCUGUAGAACCCAAGUUUCCCAGGCAACAGCAAGUAAUGAAUGCCUCUUCAAUUUGCACCUAAUUGCUGAGUGGCAUUUCCCAUUUCUCCUCUUGCCCUUCUCUUAUCCUCUGUUUUAUCUGGAAAUCCACCUGGCUCAGACUGGAGCACAGUGCCCCGCUUCACAUAAUGAUGUAAAUGAGACAGAAAAAAAAAUACUGUCAGUGUGCAUCAGUGUCAUUGUUUUUUUUAAUCAUGUAAGAGUUUAAUUUCUAUUUUUUAUGGCAUUAUUUUGUACAUGUGAUUUUUUUCACAAUGUGAAAUUCAUGGCUAAUAAACAUAAAAGAGUUUUUCCUCUUGGCU